CCCUAGGAUUUGAAGGAGCCAUGCCAUGCUAAAUAGUAGGAAAAUUUAUUUCAUAUGUUGUCUUCUCUAAUUAGCCAUCCCCAAUAUUAUUCAAAAUACAUAAGACAAAAAUAGAGCGGAGCGUUUUCACUCGAAUACACACACCUUCAGUCCCCUCUUCUCCACCACCUAGGCGGCCGCUCCGCCUCCGAUUCCGAUGGACCCUUUAACCCUCCUCCGCGAGUACACCAUUCGGAACUCCCUCGACAAAAUUGUCCGAGUUAACGACGAAUUCCGCUUCGGCACCGAUUACUCCUUCCCCGCCACCAUUGAAACCGCUUAUCGCUCCAAGCAUGUACAACAGACGCGCCGCUAUACCCUCGAAACCCUAGUCCACUUCAUCACCAACCACCACCUCAAGCAUACCGAUUACAUCCAGAACGCCCGGGCCCUCCGCAUUCCCGCCGUCACUCUCCCUGAUCGAAAACCUCUCCUCGAUUACCUCACCGGGAAAGUCCAAUCCUCGGAUUCCAUUCUUCCCCUAGAUUUCCCUAACAUUAAUCCUCAAAUCACUAACUUAGAUCGCAACGUACAGAAUGACGCGAGUCAUGCCGUGGGUUUGGAGAGCGGGAAUAAAGCGAUUGAACUGAUUAUGGCGAAGGAGAAGCCAAUUAAAGAUAGGGAAGCAAUGCUGGUGUUCAAGAAGCGGGAUUUUUACAGUGUGUUGACUUCAGCCACAAAGCGAGAUGAGGAGAGGCAAAGGAUGGAGGCGUUACAGAGGAAAGAUAACAUUGUGGCAAAGAAUAGAAUUGAAAGUAGGGGUUUUGGCGUGGGUGAGGAGGCGACGAAGAUGCGGAAGAUUGGGGAAGGGGUGCCUAUUAUUUUGGUACCAAGUGCAUUUUCGACUCUGAUCACGAUAUAUAAUGUCAAGGAAUUUUUGGAGGAUGGGGUGUUUAUUCCGACAGAUGUGAAGUUGAAGCAGGUGAAAGGGGGGAAGCCUGAUUGUGUGACGGUGCAGAAGAAGUUCAGUAGGGAUCGUGUGGUGACAGCGUAUGAGGUUCGAGACAAGCCCUCUGCACUUAAAAGUGAUGAUUGGGAUCGUGUGGUUGCAGUUUUUGUGCUUGGAAAGGAGUGGCAGUUUAAAGACUGGCCUUUUAAGGACCAUGUCGAGAUCUUCAAUAAGAUUCUUGGGUUUUACAUGCGGUUCGAGGAUGACAGCGUGGAAUCAGCAAAAACUGUAAAGCAGUGGAAUGUCAAAAUAAUCUCGAUUAGCAAAAAUAAGAGACACCAGGACAGGGCUGCAGCUCUUGAGGUGUGGGACAAACUUGAAGAAUUUAUGCGAUCUCGAUCUCGUUAGGAUGCAGUUAUUGACGCCGGAAGUCAGUGGAGAUAUUGAGAACUUGCCUAAUGUGGGUAGUCUUCCUUGACUGUUUGUGAUACAGCCUUGUGCAAUAUACAGAAGCAGGGUGUUAUGUAUUGACCAUAAUUACCAUAGUUCUUUCUCUCUUCUAAGUUUAUACACAUACAUGCCGCUUAUGAUGCUUUCUGAGAUGCAAAUGUUCCCUUGCUAUUGUACAUAUCAGCACUUGAUAUUUAUGCUAUCUAGUUUUGUAUGGUUUGGCUUC